GUUCCGGCCCAUUCACUACCGCUGUUGGCUAAACUGCUGGAGGACCGUACAAAUCGCUUGCAAGGACAACUGCAGCGUAUGCACUCGCAAGCCAUGAAUAUAUCAGAUACUAGCAUCCUAGACUGUUUGUUUGAAGACCUACACUGGCUGAUCCUGAUAGCAGGUCACGUGAUCUCAAUGGACAGUGAAGGGGAGACAGCACUAAUCCCAUCUGAGAUAAUGCAUUAUAGUAUUCAUCAGGCAAGCUCAGGACAGGUGAAUGUUGCAACAACCCUGAAGCUUCUUGCAUCCCCAACACAUCAGCUUCUGGAUAUUCCAGGAGCCGAUGAAUCUUCAGACCAUGUCGUGAGGUUAGUUUCAUCAGUAUUCCGUUUGUGUGAGGUUGAGAAGAGGGCUGUGGAGGUGAAACUUGGCCGCCUGCUGAGUCCAGAGGUGGGCUGCACCGUCAUGUGGUUCCUGCGACGUUGGUCUCUCUCAUAUCUUCUUCCCAUUGAAACUUAUUACUCAGAGAUGAGCAUGGCUCUACUGGCAGCUUUUGGGAAAGACACUGAUGGAGCGACAUGGACAGUGAAUUUUCUUCUUAGUAAAGUGGAAUCAAAUUUGUACUCCUUCAGCUCCGAACCAGCGCUGGUGAAGGACACAGUGAGGUUGUUCAUCGCGCUUGUUGACAUGAGAGAGAAGGGCAGUGUUGUUUUGAAGAGUGAGGGAUUGUGGAACAUCUUGCGAUUACAGUCUAAAAUGGAAAGGAGCGCACUCCUUGGGGCAGCGAAACGAGGUCUGUUCAAGGCUUUAGUUCUGGCAGGUGCAGCUGUGGAUGAUGCUCAGAGUCGAGGAGAAUACUGGCUUCAGGUUUUAAAACCACUACAAGACAGAUUUAAAAAUGUAAUUUGUCAAGAAAAUUUCAACAGAAUAUUUCAUGAAGAAAACAUUAAAAUGGAGAUUAUCGACAUUUUGGAAUCAUUUAUAGGAGUGGCGCAGGGUUCACAAGUUGUGACAGUUCAGUCGCUAUUUCAUUUCCUCUACCCGAUGCUGUCUGAGUUUGCAACAUUGGUGGGUGUGUACCACAACUACCAGCAGGUGGUGGAGCUCAUCCUGGAGCUGUACUGUGAGUGUGCACGCAGUAUGCUUUGCUACCUUUCUCAGGAGGAAAAGCAACUUGGUUUCAAGCUGUGCGUACAUCUCAUACAGACACUUUCCACACAUGUAGGCGACAGUCGGCGAAUAUAUGAAGCAUGCCUCCAGACUAUACAGACAUAUGCUCGCUGUAACACAGGGAGACUGAGUCUUGAGUCUGCAGCUGAGGAGGAAACAUUUCAUGACAUUCUUCUUCUGAUGGAGCUGCUUACAAAUUUACUCUCAAAAGACUUCAUAGACCUCAGUCCUCCAGAUGACUCUUCUAAUGGAGAACAGACAGUGACAGCGGCAGAUGUGUGUCUGUAUGGACUAAACACUAUCAUGCCCCUCAUGACAGUGGACCUUCUCAAAUUCCCAUCCCUGUGCUUGCAGUACUUUAAGAUGAUCACAUUUGUAUGUGAGAUAUACCCUGACAAGGUCUGCCAAUUGCCCAUGGAUCUGCUGAAAAACCUGCUGAGCUCCAUUGAACUCGGUCUCACCACAUUCGGACAAGACAUUAUCAUUCUGUGCUCUGAUUUCAUCCAGGUACUAGGGACCCAUAUCCACACCAGCAACCUGCAGAGUGCCGCCGUGUAUGAGGCGCUUAGGCCACUCCUCAAGUUGCUCAUGAACCUGAUGUUAUCUCGUCAGAUAAACUCUGACGUACUGCCUAACACUAGCUCGGCGCUGUUUGUGUUAAUCUGCUGUUACCAGGCUGAUUACCAGCAUUUAGUUCAAGGACUACUGGACUCACAGCAGGACCAGUUAGUAGCUGAGAGACUUGCCAAAGCUUUCACUGAACUUACAUCAAACAUCACACUGAACACAGAACGACAGAACAGGAUUAAAUUCCGUGACAACUUUGAGAAGUUUAUUGUCAAUGUUCACGGCUUUCUGCUCGUCAAGUAGUCCCAUCACAAAUGUAGUAUUGAAGUAUUUUGUAUAUUUUAUACCUUUUUUCCUUGUGUGCUGUGUUGUUAUUGUAGGCCUUCUUCUUCCAUUACAUUUCUGCUACAUAACAUUUUCAUCAGUUUUCAUUUUCAUUUAAAUGUUGAUUUUUACUCUUUGUACUUUGAAGGUUUACAAAAUGAAUAAUAUGUAAUUUACAAAUUAUGUUUUAUUCCAUAUUGCGUUUCAGAACAAUUUUUGCGAAUUCUCCUGUAUUGAUGUAUGUAUGUGGCAGAGUAUUCUCAAACAGCAUGCUGACAAUAUAAAGAUGUGACUGAUGAUUAGGAAGACAGAAAUGAAGAUGUCAUUCUGAGUGGAAUUUAUUUUAGAAUCUGUCAUGUGUAUACUGUAUGAACCUAACCUGAAUAUAUUCAGAGAGUUACUACAUGGAGGUAAGUAGUCAACCUCAUGUUGUGGCUUCUUUCUUACCAGAAAAAGUCCCUUAUAACCACAGAAUACAAGACUAAGUGGAUAGAGCAGGUUAGUAUAGCCAUAACACUAUAUUUGUAUUUUUAAGGUAUGUGCUUCAAAUCUUGGCAAGACUUCUGGAUCCCAUUUCUCCACACAAAUGCCAGGUUAGUACCUGUCUUGUUUCAAAUCCAUUUGUAGCAUUCAUGAUUAUCAGCCCAUCUCACUCACGUUCCAUCAUAGAGCUUAAGAUACAAACAGUAUGUUCCUCUGAAAUGUUGGUACCCACCUACAAGUCCACAUGGCAUCACAAUCUAGAAGAUCCACACCCCAGACUGGCUACCCUGAUUCAUUUGUUAUAGUUCAAUUAAAAUAUACAGCUUUGCCAGGCUUUAUAUAAGCAUUACACUUUGCAACCCUGGAUUGACCUCAGUGAAGCAAAGAAUUACGUGUGAUGGAGUACUGUCGCUGGUUUCUAGUGAGCAUACUGAACCACUACAAUGAGACCUGCUAAAAGUAUGUGACAUCAGAUACUUCUUAACAUUAUGGAUCUGCUCCUGUUUAUUCACAUGACUGGUUGAAAAAUUCUGGGGGAAAUUAGACGGCCAAUUCAGGUGACAUGAAUUAUGCUGGGCAUUGAUGUGGGUUUGAAAAAACACUAUACUUUCAGAGAGGGAAGCCUUUACCUUUAGGUGUAGGAAGAAACAAGAGUUUAGGGAAAAUAAUAUGCAUAUACACAGUUUUGUGUGUGCAUAUAUAGGAAUUCUGAAUUCCAUGGAUUCUAUUUAUAAACAAGACUGCCAAAGUUUCUUAUCAGGUAUUUCUACACACACAUGCCUUUUCGUAGAUACACCUUGAGAUCAGGCCCAAGAAUGAUUGCCAAAACAAUACACGAUUCUUCAAAUGCACUACCAUUUCCUCAGUCUGUAAUUCCUGUAUUUCUAGCCAGACAUUAUUGUGUAUACAAAUGGCAGAAAUGUAUGAGGCUAUAUGCUUACAAACACACAUUUUUUUCCCCACAAUCUCUCAUCCAUGAAGUCUGUUUAUAGUCAUGAUUUCCAAACCAGUACAAUUAUUUAUAGUCACUCCUGUUUCCUUGGACUGUUCCUAGUGAGUAUAUAUGUGUGAUUCUUCCCAUACUUUCAGCAAUGAAUUUUGACUAGUCACAAUACAUGAUUCUUCAAAGAGAGAAUUUCUUCAGACUGCUCCUAGUCAGGCAUAAAUAUUUCUUACCAGACGUAUAUACACAAACGCAUGUUUCAUCCCAAACACCUCAACCCCGAAGUAUAUGAGGAUAGAACGUAUAAAUUUCGAGUAGUGACCUAUGGUAUAACAUCCAUACCAAAUUUCAUUUAUUAAAUUCGUUUAGAACGAGUUGUGAAGUGGUUGGCUAGGUUUGUGAUGCGAGUGUGAAGAGGAUCGUGAUUAUAAUAUACCGGUGAUUCCGAGAACUAUCAAGUUCCUACUUAUAGAGACUAUAAUUAUGCAGGUUAUCAGUGAUACACACAUUUCGGUACAUGUUCAUAACCUCCUACUCGGCUAGAUUAAUGUUAUAAUCUCCCAUCACGAUUAUAAAUAAAACGGUGAUUUCAAAAACCAGUGUUUUGAAAAACAAGUUUAUUGCUGAAAUUCAACGCGUCAUCGAGUUAAGAAAGAACUUCCGAAGUUAGCAUUUUACUUGCAUCGGCAAUUGCUGUCAGUUACGUUACCGACCUCCAAUAUAAUCCCAAGCACAGAUAAUACCAUUACCAUUGAUGUCAUCACCACUUGCCGCAUGCAUUUCUUGGCUCUCGUGAUGCUGUGGAACACCUGUUAUCCGGUUUACUAUAAUGGUGGAAGGUUGAAAGUGAGGUGGAUAUGGCAGUGAAUUAAAAGUUAAAAGAAAACGAAAUAACUGUCAAUGGACGUAAAAUAAGAAGAGGAUGGGAAUACGUUAAUUACAGAGGAAAAUGAAUGGAAGCCCGCAAAGCAGGAUAUUCUUGCAGAAGUUGGUACCAGACUGCUUGAAGGUGCCACUGGCUGUCCACUGUGAUGUAUAGUAUCAGCGUGAUGGGGGACAGGACCAAUAGCAACUGAGCACAGUUUCCUGGUAGAUGGAUUGGAUGUGGCAGUCCUGUAUUGUUGCUGGUGAGAUCACUGGACCUCAUCCCUGUGGACUGCAUAAAUUGGAGACACCUGAAAGAAUUUGUGUACAGGAAUCAAUGGUCUGGUAUGGAGGACUUGGGAAAAUUACAUGCUGCAAUGGCAAUGAUUGAUUUAAAUAUUGUACAUAUGCAAGCUAGUAUUCCAUGAUGUGUUAGUGCAUGCAUGGUGGACACUAUACACUUAACUACUGCCCUCAUUGUGUGCACCAUGUACUGGACUUGGGCUGUCAGCAUGUGAUAUGCAUUACAUGUUUUCCCCAGCCUAUACUAUAAGGUGGAUUGUAUGUACUUCAUGUACAGUGUUAUUGCCUUCAAAUCAAAUAUAUGAGUUCCACCUGCUU